AUGAAAGAUUUUGAAUUAGAUAAAUAUUCUAAUGGAUUAGUAUCAAAUCGUAAAUCAUUAAUAAGAUCAAAUUAUAAAAUGUCUUCAUUAUGUAAUUCAUCUGAAAAACGAUACAAUGUUCCAGUACCAGGUAGUAAUCCUAAUCCUAAUAAUAAUAAUAAAGAUAAUGAUAAUGGGAAUUUGAAUACAUUAUCUCAUAUGAAAUUACCAGAACAACGUAAUUUCACCAUAUCCACAAUUUCAUUAAUUGUAAAUGUACCAAGUCUUUCAUAUGUAAGUGAAUAUAUAGAUGAUGAUGAUGAUGAUGAUGAAGAUUUAACAGAUAAUUUAAUGUAUAAAUUAGACUUAAAUAAUCAACAAAAUCAAAUAUGUCCAAUAUGUAAUACAAUUUGUAUAGAAUUAAAACAACAAUUUGAUGAUUUACAAUUAAAACGAUCUUUUAGUUUAUCUUCUAUUCAUGAUACUACUUAUAAUGAUACUACUAAUACUACUACUACUAAUAAUAAUAAUAAUAGUAAUAUAACUAGACCAAGAUUAUGGGAUAUACUUGAAUCAUUUACAAUGAAUUCAUCUAAUAAAUUUUGUCAAUUUCAUAAAUAUUUAAGUGUAUAUUAUAAUAAAAUUGUAUCAAUUACUCGUAAUACUACUAAUACUACUACUAAUAAUAAUAAUUGUAGUAGUAGUAGUAGUAAUAAUAAUAUGGGUUCGAACUUAACCAAUUCACUUAGUCUACCAUGUUUAUCUAAUAUAAAUGAAGAAUUAAUGAUAUCAACAAUAUAUAAUGAAAAUGAUAUCUUGCAUAGCAACAACAAUGAUGUGAUUUAUAAUAGAAAGACUGAAAAGACUCCAUCUAUUUCAAUAGAAUAUAUUGAAGAUAAUGAAAAUCUAUUUAUUAGUUUAAAUAAUUCACAAGAACAAUUAAUAAAUCAGAAAUUAUCUGAUGAAACUAAAAAUAAAUGUGAAACAUGGUUAAAAACAUGUUAA